UUGUCUCAGGUCAGUGGCAGUCAACAGCUCGGUGAUAAAGUCGAACUCGAAUUUCAAGCUUUCCGUUUACAACAGUACGAAUUGAAUGGAAAUAUAAUUGGUAGCAAAACCUUUCGAGUCCAGUAUGAAGCCGUUUCGUUAACAUCGAAAGCAUUAAGAAGAUGUGUUGUCACAUCUUGGCGAGACUUGACUGGCUACACAAAUCUGGACGAUCUAUUGGCUACCAGUGUUGGUGCACUACUGGUGAUCAUACCAUCUGAUCUGGAUGCUUUGUCACCAGCUGACAAAACGCUGUUUUCCGAGCUGGAGCGUAAGUUAGCCACAGCUCGUACAGAAAUGGCUGUCUAUGUAACGCGCUCUUCACCGGAAGCCACUGCCAUUCUCAGUGAUGUGCAGUCUUCAUCGGCUACUACAAAAUCCGCGACUCAGCAGCUUUUCAACUCUAUUGCUGCCAACACGUUUCAGUUUACCUCUACCGGCUCUCACUCUUCCAAUGCACUCACAUACAAGCCGAACAACAUCAUUGGCCGUCUGAGAAGUAGUGAUCGCUCAGCCCCUACGAUUGCUUUUGUUGCCCACUAUGAUUCGCAUGCAGCUUUUCCUGGUGCUGCCGUAGGCGCGGAUUCGAAUGGAAGUGGAGUUGUUGUUUUACUAGAAUUGUUAGCGAUAUUCAGAAAACUCUACGAGAAACCAGCCACAAGACCGCCCUUUAAUCUAGUAUUUGUGUGGACUGCUGCAGGUAAAUAUAACUACCAGGGCGCAAGACAAUUCAUAGAGGACUUCCAAAGCGCUGGUAUUGCUUAUGUCUACCCCUUCCCAGAUGAUCAUCAUCUUGAACUUGCUAUAUGCGUCGAGGCUUUGGGAGGAGCUGGAUCCCUAAGAAUGCACGCUUCCAAGCAGCCAGCUGACGGGUCUGCCGCAGACUCUUGUUUACAAUUUUCGGACUUACGCCCAUUUUUUACGCACAUCAGUACUUUUUAUACAGAUCGAUUACUACGUCGCCUUCGUCAUGCAGCACCAAAUCAAAGUGUUGAACUGGUCACAAAGAAAAUCAGCGUAAAUCAGCCAUCUGCAUGGGAACACGAGAAGUUCAAUAUCAAGCGACUACCUGCUGUUACACUUUCUCGACUAGCAACCCAUGAUGACGCCAUCAGAAAAUCUAUGCUUGAUACCCCAAGCCAGUUGAGUUUGGAAAAUAUGGAACAAAAUAUUCGGUGA